AUGAACGAAGCAAGAAAAAAUGGUACAAAACCAAAGAUCGCACCCUUCCGUCUUUCUACCAAACCCAGCAUAAAAGAUGCGCCUAUUUUUGAGGACAUUGCUUAUACGAAGAAAAAACGACCACUUAGAAAACUAAGUACAUCAACGUCUGAAGGAAAUGAAGAAACAACGGUUAAAGAGCAAGUUACGGAAACUGUUGAACAGGACCAAAAAACUGAUAUUACUCCCUUUGGAAAGAUGACGGCGAGCUCAACUAAAAAGCUUUUUGGUGACCCUUUGAAGUACAAGGUUGCCGACCCAUUUGCAAUAAUGACCGCUGAACCCGAUGAGGAUGAGCCUGCUGAAGACCUGACUGUUGAACCGGAAAAGGAGUCAGCUACAGAAGAAUUUGCUCCGUCAGUUGAAAACGAAACUACUGAGUCAGCUGAGAAAGAAACUGCUGAAACAGCCGAUAAGGAAGCUACUAAAGGUGAAUCCGCUGAGUUAGCAAUAAUGGUAUCUGCUGAGUCGGCAAAAAAUGAAUCUGUUCA